AACCUUUCAAUCGGACGACUUCUACUCUUCCAAACAGUCAAAACCAUCAAAGAAAGGACUCAAUACUACAUCCAAAUCUCCCGAAAUCUACAUCAGAAUUCAUCAUUUCCAAGACUUCAUCAUUGAACUUCAUCAAUCGCAAUCAUGGCCGCAACUGACUCCCUCCCAAUCAUCAAGGUGUUAAUCGCACUUCAUCCCGGCAUGGACACUCUUGACUAUGCCGGACCUCUUGAAACUCUCAGUCAUGCCCAACAUGACAAGAAUGAUGAUGGUUAGUAUCGAUCAAUCAAUUGCUUCAAAACCACACUUUGAAUUACACAGUAUACCACUUUCCUCUCCCAUCUACACAAUCCUGGACUUCUUUGUUACUUGUCUGUUUAGAGUUCACCACUGACGAAAAAUCCUUUCUCACAGCCACCAAAGCUUUCAAGAUCGCCUUUGCAGCCGAACAAGAGUUCAUCGUCACCGGUCAAGGAGCAGGUAUUCGAGCCCAUAUGACCAUCAAGGAAGCCUACUCCCGCCUCGCUGAAUUCGACGUCCUCAUCAUUCCCGGCGGCGGCGUUGACGAGAUCCUCAAAUCCAAGGGCGAACCUUUGGGUCUCAUUCGAGCAUACUCAGACCUUCAAAAGAAGGAUCCUAAGAAAGAACGAACCCUCUUCUCCAUCUGCACCGGUUCCCUCCUCCUCGCACAACAAGGUAUCCUCAGUGGAUUGUCCGCCACUACCCACCCGGAUUACUAUGCCAAGUUCGAAAAGAUCUGUUCGGAGGUCGCACAAAGAGACUUGGCGGAGCGCUGCGAUGUCGUCGAGGAGCGAUACGUAGUCAAUAACUUGCGUUUUGACUUGGAAGAUGAGGCUCAGACUCCGUACGUUCGUCGCAAGUCGGAUGCCAAACCACCAGCCAUGAAGCGCAAGGGCAGCAAUGCGUGGAAGGAGAGCAACACCCGUCGUGAGAGUAAUGCUCGUCGAGCCUCUCUUCGUCUCGGCGGAUUGAGAGUUAUUACUAGUGGUGGGGUCAUCUCUGGUAUUGAUGCCACUCUGUACCUGGUUAGUAUCUAUGUCAACGAGGAUGCGGCCAAUGAGUGUGCCCGGCUCAUGCAGUAUACUUGGAACAAGGGCGUUGUUGUCGAUGGAAUUGAUAUUUAAGGCGUUUAGGAGUUUUUCGGGAAUCAUGUAUUGCAAUUGCAUAGAGCAUAGAAUACUGAUACAGCUACACGGGUUUAUAGCAUGCAUUACUUUGGAGGCAUGAGCAUUUGAAGGGCGGGAAAAUGACGGGGAUAUGAUGGCAUGAAUGGAUGAAUGAAUAGUCGUGGAUAUGACUAGAUAGCUUUGCUGUCAUUAUUGAAAUCUCAACUUUGCGAAUGAACUUUGCUG